AUGCCUGGGAAAGGAAAGAUCCUCUUUAGAAGCAGAAACAAAACCAAGGGGCAGCUCAAGCAGUGGAAAGAGAAGGGGGAAGCGACAUUCCCUGGUCCCCAGCUCCGGGGUCUUAAAGCACUUUGUGAAAGAAAGAAGUGUCAUGCUCCCAUGCCUCCCCCCCGCCCUUUUUUUUUCCUUUAAGAAUUGGAAACUGAGGUAUGGCCCGGGGAGUUCGUCCCAUCCCCACCUGUGGUGGGCGGAGAUGACCGAGGGACCAGUGCUUUGUCACGGUUCUUUGGUAAACAAUGAAGGUUCUGUUACUGAAGGACCCCAAAGAGAGAGACUCGGGACCAGAUCCAUAUAUUCAGGAAUUAGGAUCAUAUGGAUUUGAAGCAACUUUAAUUCCUGUUUUGUCUUUUGAAUUUGUGUCUCUUCAAAGUUUGUAUGAAAAGCUCUCUCAUCCAGAAUGCUAUGGAGGUCUAAUUUUUACCAGUCCAAGAGCAGUAGAAGCUGUCAAGUUAUGUUUAAAAGAGAACAGUAAAAAUGAAGCCUGGACAAAAUCUCUGAAACAGAAAUGGAAUGCAAAAUCAACAUAUGUUGUAGGAAAAGCCACAGCUUCUCUAGUGGAAGAAAUUGGCCUUGCCCCACAAGGAGAGAAGUGUGGAAAUGCUGAAAAACUAGCUGGAUACAUUUGCUUAAAGGAAACACCAAAUUCAUCAUCUCUUCUUUUUCCUUGUGGAGCUCUCAAAAGAGAAGUACUUCCAACAGUGCUCAAGGAAAAAGGUAUUUUACUGGAAAGCCUUACUAUUUAUCAGACUGCUCAACAUCCCAAUCUCCAAGAAUCCUUGAAGAAUUAUUUCUCACAACAGGGUAUGCCAGCAAGCAUUGCAUUCUUCAGCCCAUCUGGUGUCAAAUUUUGUCUUCAGCAUAUUCAGAAGUUUUCUGGCAAUUUUGCUGAUCAAAUUAAGUUUGCUGCUAUCGGUCCAACAACUGCUGAAGCAAUGGAAGCUGAAGGAGUCCCUGUGAGUUGCACUGCAGAGAAUCCUACUCCACAGGACCUUGCUGCUGGCAUCAAAAAAGCUUUUCAUUUGUAGAACUGCUAUUUACAGAGAAGCACCCACCUCCAUUUGGCUCCGUCCAGGUUGCUGUAAUAGUCCUUGAGAAAUUCUGCAGUUCAUCAACGUGUAACUGACAUGAACAAUGGAUGAAAUGGUCCUGUUUUGCUGAAUACUUCCUGUGUACUGCUUAACCCACUGGCAGUUAGCAUCAUUAUACACUAGUAACAUGCCUGGACUAGCUAGAUUGAUGAGGAAGCGGAAGUUAAGCCAAUUCUGGUGACUUACUUCAACAGCAUCAUUAAAGACAGCAGCUUGGUACCAUCAGGAGCCCAAAAGAGCAAGUCAUCAUCCAGUAUACCAAGAAAACCAGAUUAACAAACAAGUAAUUAGGGAGUGCCUGUUGCUUUUAAAUGCUUAAUUUAUUUCUCAUAGUCUAGAUCUGCUUUACAUUGUGGCAAAAGACCUUUCAAAAAUGAACAUCAAAACUUCAAAUGAUUUGGUCCGUCAGAAAUCAGUUUUGCCUACUGGGAGGUCAGGUUUGUAUAUGACAUUUUUUUGUAUUACAAGUUUACCCCCGUUUCUUGUAUAGUCAGUCUUCAUGGGUCUCAUUCUGCCAUCACAUACAUUCUUGUUGUUCUAAUGACUUUCACUUUAAACAUGUGAAAGCAAAAUUUGCCUCACCAGCUCACAAAAUAAAUAGUCUUUUUCAAUAUGAGUAAUUUAGGCUGACAUUUAUUGAAACUCAGUAGUUUCACAGUUUGCAAAAAGAUGAAUCGUGGACUUGCUUCUUCAUAUAAUUACAUGCACAGUAUACCACAUCAAGUAACUUACAAUAUGUGAUGCGGGGUGUUAAGAGUUAAUGGACAAAAAACUCAUUGUAAAAAAAAUGCUAUCAAAAUAAAACAUUUUCUAUUGUAAAA